AUCAAAGCUUAGCCAUCGCUGACUCCAAUAGUACCUCUUCUUCAAAAUCCUUUAUUCCCUGUAAAGUGUGUGGAGACAAGGCUUCCGGUUAUCAUUACGGAGUGACGUCAUGCGAGGGUUGUAAGGGGUUCUUCAGAAGAAGUAUACAAAAACAAAUAGAAUACCGAUGUCUUCGUGAUGGUAAAUGUCUGGUAAUUCGUCUCAACCGGAACCGGUGUCAGUAUUGCCGCUUUAAAAAGUGUCUUGCCGUCGGGAUGUCCAGAGACUCUGUUCGAUAUGGUCGAGUGCCAAAAAGGUCGAGAGAACGAAAUGAUGACGGUCGAGUUACUCAGGCCGAGGCUGACCAGUCGGCGAGAGAGUUCGAGAACAAACAGUUGGCUAUGUAUGAUAUUAUUCUGACUAUUUCUCAAGCCCACCAUGCCAACUGUGCCUACACAGAAGAAAAGACAAGAAACUUAGUUCGAAAACCAGCAAUAUUUAGUUUGGACGAGUUUCAACCGACAACGACAGGAGCUGAUGGAAACGGACAAAUUACAGCCGACAGCUUACAACAUCAAAAAAUCGUUAUGUGGCAGCAUUUCGCUGUGCUGGUCACUCCGACCAUUCAGAGGGUAGUAGAAUUCGCAAAACGUGUCCCUGGAUUCCUCGACUUAACCCAAGAUGACCAACUGAUCCUCAUCAAGCUCGGUUUCUUCGAGAUCUGGCUGGUUCACAUCGCCCGGAUGAUCAACACUCUAGAAAAUAGCGUAACUUUCAGCGACGGAAGUUACAUCACUCGUCAACAGAUGGAGCUAAUGUUUGAUCAUGAAUUUGUUUCUUCUUUGUUCAACUUCGUUGUGACUUUCAACAAUUUGCAGUUGAACGACACAGAAAUCGGGCUUUUCUCGGCAGUUGUUCUUUUGAAUUCAGAGAGAAUGGGUAUCUAUGACAACAAAACCAUCGCCCAGCAACAGGAAAAGCUGAUGGAGGCCCUGAAACUCCAGACUGGACGCAACCACCCCAGUAAGCCUCAUCUUUUUCCUUCUCUCAUGAUGAAGCUACCAGAGAUGCAUUCUCUUGGAGGAAAACACGUGGAACACCUUCAGUGGUUUCGAGGCAACUGGACAAGACUUAAACUCCCUCCUCUUUUUGCCGAGAUUUUUGAUAUACCAAAAUAUGAAGAAGAUUUAGUACAAUGAUGAAGCUGAUAUACACAGUAGACCAGUAUAUCGUCCACUCUUGUGUUAUAACACUUGGCAGGUCCAGUUAUUUCAGCUUCCAGCACUGCUCCAUUCCCAGCAUUCCAUGUUCUAGACAAAGGACAGAUCCUGGGACCAGGAUAUUUUUCAUAUUUAUUUUGUUCGCAUAACUCACCAACACGUUUCAUCCGAGCACAGAAAUUACUGGUCGAUCAGUUUUUUUUUUUUCACACUCAUCAGUGUUGUUUGGGUUGGUGAAGGAUGGAAACUUGACAUUACUUGUGUGACUGUUGUUGAGGUUUCGUCCAUUAAUCAGUCCAAUGAUGAACAAUUGGUUGUUUUUCUUGAAUACAUUAGACUACAACGUUUAUUUUUUAAUAUCUUUGUUGAAUAACUAUUGUAAACAAUUUGAUAGAGCUCUAAUAUUAGUAAUAAAAGAUAUUACUUAAAGUACAUUUUGGUUGCCUUGGUUUUUAACAAGAUAUAUAUACGUGACAGUGGUCAUAAGGUGUAUAAAAAAAAAACAAAAUAAACAGAACAAAGUGUAAUAAGAGUAAGGAUGAUUACCGUAUGAACGUGAAACACUAGGAGAAAAAAACACAAAGUAUAUAGAAUAAGGCAUAUAUAUAUGCCUUAUAUAGAUAUAGAUUAUAUACCUUAUAUAGGUAUAUAGAUUUAAGAAUAACAACGAUUACCGUAUGAACAUAAAACACUAGGUGUAUGAAA